GAGUGGCGGUUUCUGAUUGGUGGAGAGCGGGGGCCGGUCCGUAGGGGGCGGGGCGUGUAGUUUAGUCGCGUGGCGGCCCUACGGCCCCCGAGGCUCACUCGCGGGGACGGCAGUCUCGGGAGCGGCAGCGGUCCCAGUCGCUGGCUCGACUGAGAGGACUAAUCCGCGCCAGAGUCCGACCCCAGCCCCAACAUGGUCCAGCCCCGCGACGCAGAGGUCGGCGAGCCGUGCCUGUCGCGGGCCCUCUCCAAUGGCGACACGAACGGCAGCCAGGAGCAGGACGAGCGAGAGCCCUCGCCGGUCCCUCCGGAGGGUGAGGGAGGUCCGCGCAUGGGGCGUCGGCCGUCCAACUCGCGCAUGCAGCUCCGCUGGCAGCUCAGUCGGCAGGAAUCGCUAUCAUGGUCGUCACUCUUCUUGGAGUCGUCCUCCCGAAAGACAUCAACCGUGGAGCGAAAGACCACGCCACCCGUGAGAAUGAACAUCGACAUGGAGUCCAAGCUGCAGCGCAUCAAACAGAAAGGGCAAAACCGGCACACAUUGUCCCACGUGGAGGACAAGUUGUGCGAAAUGUACCGCGCCUCUGACGAUUCCGGACGAGUAAACGUCACUAAAUUCCUGGAGGCGCUGGCAGCCGUGGGUCUGCGCCAGACAGACCCGCGCCUCACAGAAAUGAAGCGCUCCAUUCUCAGCGUGCAGUCCUCGUGCGCCAGAGACUCGCGAUUCUGGUCCAACAACGGCCUCUGCUUCGACGAGGACAUCUUCAAAGGGAUGAUUAUGGACAACAUCGACAUCGUCAACAAGGCGCUGACAGGAGAGAUGGUGAUUCCACAGUUCGAGACAUUCUGCGCGCACAUCGAGGAAAUAUACGAAACCUGCCAAGAGUUCCAGGACGGCAAAGCGGCUUGCUACAUCCCGCAGUUGGACAGGGUGGAUGCAGAGCUGUGGGGCGUCUCGCUGUGCACCAUCGAUGGACAGCGCUACUCGGUCGGCGACGUCGAGGUCCCCUUCACCAUCCAGUCGGUCAGCAAGCCCAUCGGAUACGCCAUCGCCUGCGCCGACAACGGACCCGACUUCGUUCACAAGUAUGUGGGCCAGGAGCCGAGUGGUCGCAGCUUCAACGAACUGUGCCUCGACAACAACAACAAGCCACACAACCCGAUGAUCAACUCGGGGGCUAUCAUGGUCUCCACUCUGCUUAGGCCGGAGUUGGACAUUGCCGACCGGUUCGACUACAUCUUCAAGAAGUACAAGAAGAUGACGGGCGGCGAGUACCUGGGCUUCAACAACGCCAUCUUCCUGUCAGAGAGGCAGGCGGCCGACAGGAACUUCGCGCUGGCUUACUUCAUGCGCGAGUACGGCUGCUUCGCCAACCAGAACAUUGACCUCGUCAGCACGCUCGACUUCUACUUCCAGAUGUGCUCUCUGGAGGUGACGUGCGAGUCUGCCGCCGUUAUCGCCGGGACUCUGGCCAACGGAGGGGUGUGUCCCAUCACCGGCGAGGCCGUGCUGGACCCGGAGGCCGUGCGGAACACGCUCUGUCUGAUGCAUAGCUGCGGCAUGUACGACUACAGCGGACAGUUCGCAUUCAAGUGCGGUGUACCGGCCAAGUCGGGUGUCUCUGGUAUCAUUAUCGUCGUCAUCCCUAACGUGGUGGGAUUCGCGCUCUACUCGCCUCGUCUCGACGCCAUGGGCAACUCAGUCAGAGGCGUCAAGUUCUGCAAGGAGCUGAUCCAGAAGUUCAACUUCCACCACUUUGACAACAUGUCGGCCAGCACGCCCAAGCUGGACCCACGGCGGACAUGCGCCGAGAAACGGGCCGACAUUCUGUACAGGGUGCUGUUCGCGGCGGCCGCCGGCGAUCUCACCGCCAUCCGCCGAUACUGCAUGAUGGAGGUGAACCUGAACGACGGCGAUUACGACGGGCGCACGGCGCUGCACCUGGCCUCGGCAGAGGGUCACCUCAAGGUCGUCAAGUUCCUGGUCGAAAAGUGCAACGUACUCGUCGACCCCAAGGACCGCUGGGGUAACGUUCCCCUAGACGACGCCAGAAUGGGCGGCAACUCGGAGAUCGUCUCCUUCCUGAUCCGAAAGUACAAGGAGUGCCGCAACAUGCCGAGCGAGGACGACCCGAGCAACGGUCUGGACUUUGAGCCGGAGCCGUCCCUGUCGCGGCGCUCAAUGCGACAGCAGCAGGGUGGCACCACCGACUCUGAUCAGGAGCUGGACGUGCUGCGCGCCACGGAGACCAAGCUGAACAACCUGGCGCUCUUCGAGGCGGCCAGGACGAACGGCACGACGAACGGCACGGCCUCAGCGGUACCGCGGCUGGCGCUAAACGGAGAGAUGAACGGGGAAACAAUGACCCGGUCGCGGACGGCAACCCCCGAGAGGAGGCUGGAAAUAAAGACGGAAACGGUCGAGCGUCAGCCGGACCCGAAGCAGCCAGAGUCGGACCUGGAAAUCCAGAGAAAGCCGGAGCCCCACCCGGAGCCGGAGACGGAGAUGAGAAACGGACUCGGCGACCUGGAUAUGGAUCCAGAAACCCCUGAGGAAAAGUUAGAGCACGCACCACAGCUGAUUUUCGAGCCGAGGACUGAUGAGAAAUCUCUGAAACGAGCGCAGUCUGUUCAGUCAUCCAGAGCGCCAAAGCUGGUGACGGUUCGCACCGUAAGCAUAGGCCAGCGGAUGCAUCGAUCGCAGUCUCACGUACAGAGCUCCAGCGACCACGAGCUCAAAACGCGAGAAUAAGGAUGAGAUGGUGCUAUACGAACACUUGUUGCUUACGUUUCGUGUGAGGCUAAGGGAGACGCAUUUGUGAAUCGUUGUGAACAUUAAGGGGCUUCUCAUCAGUCGUUGGCUCCAAUAUGCAGCUGUACUUUGUGCUCGGGACUGUCAGGGUGUCUUACAAUCGCAUAACGAUUGUCAUAUCAUUAUAGUGCUUCGAGGUAAUUGUUAGAUGCGGACAGAUUCCCCGCAUAGCAUGACUUCGUGGGCUCAAAUGGUGGGGUAUUGCGUUUAUGGAAACGGAAGAGGCCGCCGCCGGUGGGUGCAAUCGUCGUCGCAUUACGAGAGUGGAACGUUUAGCAGUGUCAGACCCAUGCAAGGGGCUCGCGCAGGCGCCAGCCACUGCAUGGAGGCAAACUGUAACAACUGUGUACUUAUUGUGUAAAUAAAUGACUCACGUUUCUA